AUGUUACCGACGACGGCCAGCGACGGGCAGGCCGCUCGCGCGGCCGAGCGCGCGCCGCUGCUCGCCGGCGUACACGUCCCGCAGGCGCGGGGCCGCGCCGCCGUCGUCAACCUGCUGUGCGUCGUGCUGUUCGUCGCGUCCUGCGGCGUCGGGUUCGCGUCGAUCCCGCGGACGCGCAUCCUCGAGGACCUGCUGUGCCGGCGCUACUACUACGGCGACGCGGGCGCUUCCGCCGUCGACGAGAGCCUCUGCAAGGAGGACCCCAUCCAGCAGCGCCUCGCGCUCGUCCUCGCCGUGUUGACCGCCCUCGACGCCGCCGUCGGCUGCGUCGCCGCGCUGCCGUGGGCCCUGGUCGCGGAUAAGAUCGGGCGCAAGCCGGUGUUCUCGCUCAGCCUGCUCGGCAUGGUACUGAGUGCGCUGUGGACCAUGGCCGUCCUUUACUUCGACGACGUAUUUCCCCUUUGGCUCAUCUGGUUCGGCUCGGCGGGUGCGCUCGUCGGCGGCGGCAACGCUGUUACCUCCGGUGUCUUGAUGAGCAUGACGACCGAUGCGACGACCGACGACGAGAGGGCUAUCGCGUUCAUGCGUCUCAACGUCGCCGGGCUGGCGGGCAGUCUCAUCUCCCCGGCGCUCUCGUCGCUCAUGAUGGAAAGGACGGGUCCGUGGCCCCCGCUCUGGGUCACCAUCUGCAUACUGAUGCUGAGCGCCAUCGCCUUCCUCUUCAUCCCGGAGACACUGAGACGCCACGAUGAACAGAAAGAUGCACAUGAGGAAGCCGAAGCGGGGUCGGAGCCGGAGGAAGGGGAAAGCAAUCCCAAAUCGCGCGCGCCUCACAUCGCGAUCCGGUUCAAGGAGUCUCUCUCGAUCGUCAAGUCGCGGUCCCUCGUCCUCCUGCUCAUCACCUGCCUCGGGGCCACCCCCGUGCUGUACUCGACGCUGCAGUUCAUGACGCAGUUCAUCUCGAAGCGGUACGCGAUGAGCCUGGCGAGUACGGGCUACGUGCAGUCGGCGUACGGCGUCGCGCAGGCGCUGCAGGCGGUCGUCGUGCUGCCGUGGCUGGCCAAGUUCUCCAUGCGGAGCACGACGCCGGCGCGUCUGCGGGCGCGCGACGAGCACCACCGCGACCUGUCGAUCGCCCGCGUGUCCUACGUCGUCCUCGUCCUCGGCAUCCUCGCGCUGGCGGCGUCGCCGGGGCUCGCCGGCUUCGUCGUCGGCCUCCUCCUCAUGGCCCUCGGCUCCGGCUUCGGCAGCCUCACCAAGAGCCUCAUGAGCCUCUACGUCGACCCGGAGCACCGAUCCCGCCUUUUCAGCCUCGUCGGCAUCGUCGAAGUCGUCAGCAGCAUAUACGCCCAGCCCUUACUCGCGGGGCUCUUCACCCUCGGCAUGAGGCUCGGCGGCGCCUGGGUGGGUUUACCCUAUUACGGCUUGGCAAUCCUCACGGCCGCGGCUGGAUCGUUGCUGCUCUUCGUCGAGGUGCCAAAACCGGUGUUGGCUGCGCCACCCGCACGCGAGGAGGAUAAUCAUCUGGAUGGGAGAGAAUUAUGA